AUGGUCGACACCAGCCGCAGCCUUCGACAUGACGCCGAGACGUUCCGCGUGGCGGAGGAGCUCAUCAUGCUCAGCAGCCGCGCGGCCGCCGCCUCUCCAUUGGGCGAGAGCGGCGACUCGCCCUCCAACAUCUCGGGCUUUUGUGAACACCAGGAUAUUAUCAACUCGCGUUGCGACGUCCCCCACUCGGAUCUUCUGAAGGAGCACCGUGUUCGCUUCCGUCGAGUUCGUCGGCGAUGGAACAUCGAGCAGCGCACCAAGAACCAAGAAUAUCUCGCUCGCUUCCAUGUGCAGGGCAUCCCGCUAGUACAGCAUCUCGAAGCGCUAACGCGUUGGCGGUAA